AUGCAAACUUUGAGUGGUAAGAUUGAUCCAUCUCUGCUAGUUUCGAAAUAUCUAAAUCACUUGGACUUGAGCAUGAAUGAUUUUGGAGGUUCCCGAAUUCUCUCUUUUAUUGGAUCAUUACAGAGUUUGAGAUAUCUCAAUCUUUCUGGUGCAUCUUUUGGUGGAACUAUUCCACCAAGUCUUGGAAACCUAUCGAGAUUGAUAUAUCUUGAUCUCAAUAAAGUUGAUCGGUUUGAGUUAACCAAAAGUAGCCUGUACUGGCUUUCCGGUCUUUCUUCUUUAAAAUACCUUCAUUUAGGAGGUUGGGACAUGUCCAUGUCUGCAACAACCAAAAGUAGCCUACUGGUUGUUCAAAUCAAACGCCUAGUUUACCUUGACCUUAACUCCAACUACUUAUAUGGGCCACUUCCAGAUAAAAUUGCUAGUUUGGCUUCUCUUGAAAACCUUGACUUUUCACUGAGUUCCAUUGAGGGUCAGCUGUCAAAAAAAUUGGGAAAUUUAUGCAAUUUACAGAGUCUGAAGCUUUCACAAAAUAAAAUUACAGGUGAAAUAACUAAUGUUUUCGAUACUUUGUCCACGUUCUCCAGAAGCAACUCAGAGACAUUGAAUUUAGGGUACAAUGAGCUGACAGGAAAUCUACCGAACUCUUUAGGAUAUCUAAAGAGUUUAAGGUACCUUCAAAUGCCAUAUCACUUAUUUCAAGGCUCACUUCCACGCUCAAAUGGAAACUUGUCAGCUUUGGAACAAAUUUCAUUAUCCAAUAAUAAACUGACAGGAAUCCUAAAGAGUCUUGGACAUCUCUCAAAGCUGACUGUAUUAGACAUCUCAGAGAACAUGUGGGAAGGGGUCAUAACUGAAACUCAUCUCGCUAAUCUAUCAAGUUUGAAGGAGUUGACAAUGGAUAAAGCAUCCCCAAAUAUUUCUUUGGUCUUCGACAUUAGCUCUGAUUGGAUACCUCCUUUUAAAGUCACCUACCUCCUCAGCAAAUCAAGCCGAGUAGGUGCCAGAUUUCCUACAUGGCUUAAGAAUCAAAGUGAUCUGUCCUAUGUGCUUGAUAGACUUGACAUAGCUUAUAAUCAACUAAGUGGCGGGGUGCCAAACUCAUUCAGAUUCAACAAAGAGAGCAUUGCCAAAUUUGGUCCUCUUCCACUUUGGUCAUCAAACGUUACCAAGUUGUAUCUUAGGGACAAUCAGUUUUCAGGGCCAAUUCCCCCUAACAUGGGUGAGGUAAUGCCUUUGCUAACAGAUUUAGAUGCCUCUUACAACUCUUUGAGUGGAAGCAUAGCCUUGUCCACUGGAAAUAUAACCGGAUUGAUGAACUUGGUUAUCUUCAACAAUGAAUUAUCAGGUCAGACUUCUAAUAUCUGGGAAAAUAAACAAUUCAUAUACAUUGUGGACAUGUCAAACAACAAUAUUUCAGGAACAAUACCAACAAUGGGCUAUCUAAGUUUUCUUGGAUUCCUGAUUUACAGGAAAGCUUCCAGCUUGGAUAGGAGAGAGUUGCACAAUUUGUUGAUCUUGCAUUUGCGGUCCAACUCCUUCAGUGGGAACAUUCCUCACCAAUUUUGUGGGCUUUCCAAACUUCACAUGGUGGACCUGUCCCACAAUCAUCUCACUGGCCAUAUUCCACAUUGCAUUGGCAAUCUCAGUGGCUUGAAGUCUGAAGUUCAAAUCCCAUCAAGCAUUGGGGAUUUUGAGUGGAUUGAAACUCUUGAUAUCUCCAUGAACCAUAUUUCCAGUACAAUCCCACUUUCAAUGUCUUCUUUAACAUUUCUGAACCAUCUCAACCUCUCCUACAAUAAUUUGUCAGGAAAAAUCCCAACCGCCAAUCAGUUUCUGACCCUUGAUGACCCAUCAAUCUACCAAGGAAAUGCUGGUAUCUGUGGAAGACCUCUGUCAACUGAUUGUCCUGACAGUGACCAAAGCAAACUAGGAGGUGAUGGAGAAGACAGAGAUGGAGAUGGCGGAGAUAAAUUUAAGAAAUUGGGCUUCAUUAUCAGCAUUGUGAUUGGGUUUUUUGUGGGACUUUGA